AUCUGAUCGCGUGAAGCCAAAGCCGGUUUCAUAAUAGAUCCUUCUCCCCUGCUGUUGUUUGCAGCUUCAACGAGGGUUCAGAGAGGGGGAGAAGACAAAUUUCUCUUGAGAAGCGCGAGAGACCGCAGAAGGCUGCGGAUAUGGAGCACGAGUUCCAGGAUGGCAAGGAGGAGGUCAUCCAAGCGUGGUACAUGGAUGACAGUGAAGAAGACCAGAGGCUUCCUCAUCACCGUGAGCCGAAAGAGUUCAUUCCUCUCGACAAACUUUCAGAGUUAGGAGUAGUAAGCUGGCGGCUAAAUGCUGAUGACUGGGAAAAAGAUGAGAACCUCAAGAAAAUCCGUGAGGCCAGGGGAUACUCUUACGUGGACAUUUGCGACGUGUGUCCAGAGAAGUUGCCAAACUAUGAGGCCAAACUGAAGAAUUUCUUUGAAGAGCACUUGCAUACAGACGAAGAGAUACGCUAUUGUCUUGAGGGCAGUGGAUACUUUGAUGUGAGGGACCAAGAUGAGCAGUGGAUCCGUAUAGCAGUGAAGAAAGGGGGCAUGAUUGUUUUGCCUGCAGGAAUGUAUCACCGCUUUACGUUAGAUAGUGACAACUACAUCAAGGCAAUGCGGCUCUUUGUGGGAGAGCCUGUCUGGACUCCGUACAAUCGUCCUCAUGACCAUCUCCCAGCUAGAAAGGAGUAUUUUUCCAAAAUUAUCAACAGAGGUGGGAAUCAAACUGUUGAAGCUCGUUGAUGUUGUCUAAUGUUUGGCCGAUUGGGUCUUCUGUAUGUACUACUCCCAAAAUACUGAAUAAGACAUGUGAUUGUCUGUCACAAUGUAAUCCUACCAACAUCCUGUAUCAGUCAGUGGUAGUCUGAACAAGUCUUUCCUGAAAACUUAGCAUAUGCUAGUGUUUAAUUAAUAAGUACACGCCCGCAUUUCAGUGUCAGCAAGGGUGUUAGUGGCGAUCAAUGUACUUGUGGUGUCUGAUGAUAUGGUGGUUCGGAAUCCCAUCUCAAAUCUGAAUAAUGUUUCGUUCCCUGCA